CUGCCCAUAUCAAUCACUCGACUUGACGCAAACAUACAGGAGUAAUGAUGAAUACAUUGGUCGUACUUGUGGCGGCCCUGGCCUUGGCCAGCGCGGCGGUUAUUGAUUUUUCUAAAGUGAAACGCGUCGAGGAGCUGGACAUCUUCUGGGAGCAACUGGAUCCCCAGCUGCAAGUGUUGCGCCCGUCUCCAGAUGAACGGAUCGUCAACGGCCAGGAAGCCCAGCCGAACCAGUUCCCGUAUCAAGCCUUGGUGCUGAGUUUCUUCGAGGGUGACAACUCCGGUCUGUGCGGCGGUACCGUACUGACACCGACCUCAGUAUUAACUGCUGCUCACUGCGUUCAGAUUGGAACUGUUGCAAUCCGUGGUACUGUAGUCCUGGGGGCUCACAAUCGUCAGGUGGUUGAAUCAACUCAGCAGAGAUUCGACUUUGCCACGAUCAACGUCCAUCCGAGUUACAUCGCUUCGCUGCUGCGUAACGACAUCGCUACGGUACGCUUGUCCGCUCCAGCUGUGUUCAAUGCGUUUGUGCAACCGAUCGACAUUCCUGCCCUGUCGGAUACCAGGACAUUUGCUGGAAUGACGGGUAUCAUCUCCGGAUUUGGUCGUACUUCGGAUGAAACCGGUUCGCCGGCUAGCGAUGUGGUGAUGUACUCUAGCAAUCCGAUCCUGACGAAUGCCGAUUGCCAGGCGGCGUGGAAUUCCAUUUUGAUUGGAGCUCAGAACAUCUGCCUGUCUGGUGCGGGAGGUCGUUCGGUGUGCAACGGAGACUCUGGUGGUCCGUUGGCAGUGCGCGAUAACGAUCGCAGUCUGCAGGUUGGAAUCGCUUCAUUUGUGCACGUGAACGGAUGUGCGUCCGGAUUCCCGGCCGGAUUCGUGCGAGUGUCGCAUUAUCUGCAAUGGAUCGCCGAUAACUCCGAUGUUGUGCUUCGGAACUAACGGACGGAUG